AGGGUACAUAUGUGAGAUAGAAAGAACAGGAACUAGGAGAUUCCAGUAACUAGAGGAGCCAUAAUAUAGGGAUUUCCGCAGGCCUCGUGCUGUUCCGUCCGAGCGUAGGAUCGAUAUCGCUUGCUAUCUCCUUCGAGCAGUUGUUUGUUUCGGAAGGAGUAGCUUCAGAAAGCGAUGGCUGGGUGUAAGGUGUUGCAUGGGCUGUUCGCCGUUGUGACCAUUCUGGCUUGCUUGGCUCUCCCUAGCCUUGCAGCUGUGCCUGCCAUUUUCAGCUCCAGCGUCAGGUUGUCAGAUCCGACGGAUGCUGUCAGCUACGAGUCAGUUGAAGGAUCCGCUCUUCCUUCCCUCUUGUUCGACCCUUCUCGCGAUGAUUCGAUCUUCUCAUCUUUCGCCGAGGAGAGGCCUGGAGUGGUCCUCGUUUUUUUGGGCAAGGAGAUUCGAACCACUGACCUUUCCUCUCCCGCUGGAUCCGUCAAGCCUCUGAAGGAGCUCCUCUCCCAGUCAGCGUCCUCCAAGGUCUUCCCCUACGUGCAGCCGCUCACCCUGGCUGACAGGACCCACGUGCUCGACUCCCUGCUCGCCUCCUUCUCCUCGCUGGCCUAUGCGGGGGAGGCUGCUGUCAGUGACUCCUGCGGGCCUGCCCCCCGUGCUGGCCUCCACCGUUUUGGAGACGAGGCCUCCCUCAAGGACCUUCUGAAUGCGCGUGCCCACGAGAGGGCGGCCAGGGAGCUGGACAUGGUGCUGUACUGCUCGGAUGCGGCUGUGGACACCAAGUCACACGAUGACGCCGUCGCUGCUGAAACUGCUGAGCUCGCCACUCUGGCGUCCCUCGUCAAGUUGAUCACCCCCAACUACGCCCUCUUCUACACCGCACUCCCUGACUCGUAUCUGGGUGCACAGCGCCGCCUGCUCGCAGCUGCUGAUGACUAUGCUGCUGCCGGUACAGGUGCUGCUGAUGCUGGCGCUGCAGGUGUCGGUGCUGCUGGCUUUGAUGCAGCUGGUGUCGGUGCCGGUGUUGGUGCCGGUGCUGGUGCUGGUGGGGAGGGCGUGGAGGGGCAGGAUGUGGCUGGGGAUGUGGUAGUCGCGAAGAACAAGUGUGGGCCGACGUGCAAGACUCGCACUGCUCUGCUUGAGGGCAUUUUUGCAGGCAUUGUGAUGCUCAUGAUUCUUGUCUCGGGACUCACGGUUCUCUCUCAGAUUGACACCCCCACGCGGUUCGAGGUUUCCCGUGAAGCAUCCUAAGGGCAUGAGUCAUCUUGAGUGCCCGCACUGUUUUUGCGAAGUUCAAAACCUCACAGUUGCAUGUCAAAUCACAUGAUAGGUGGUUUCCGACAUUGGAUGAAGAUAGCAGUAGCCUGUGUGUCUGUCCACUGUUAUUUACGGAUAGCACUUAAGUAGAACGCUUCUUUGAAUACUGUCGUACGGUCCACCUGUUUUGUGUUAAGUAAUUGAUUCAAGAAUAUUCC